AUGUGGAUGAUUCCCAAACAAAAAAUUUCCGAUGAACUCUCCGCUCGUGAUAUAAAAAUUAAUACGUCUAUAACUGCAAUUGGCAAAAUUAAGCAUGAAAUUAGUGCAAAUAUUACCGCAGAAAUGAAUACUAAAGUCGCCAAUGAACUUUCCUCACGUGUAUUGGAAAUUAACGAUAAAUCUACUGUAGAGAUCUGCAAAUUUAAGAAUGAAAUUAAAGCACGUGAUAAUGCCUUUUCUUCAGAGACGAAUGGAAUUUUGGCAUCGCUCAAUACCAUCGCAAGUAAAUUUAGCGAGAUCGAAAAAAUUCUAAACAUCAUAAUAACUUUUGUGAAAUUUCGUCAAAAUUAUAGGGUUAAGGGUGCGAAUGAUUAUUCUUUAGAUCAAAUGUGUGCUGUUGCAUCGGUUGAUAUUCUUAAUCUUGGGAUGGGAGCAAUUGGAAAAGAUACAAUAAAGGGUUUUUACCGUGGGGAUAAU